CAGUUUGACAUGUCGAGUGUUGUCACAGACAGUUGAAAAAAUAUGAAUGAAACGGAAUGGUACCAUCGGAAGUGUUGUUACGAAUACGUUGGAUAGAUUUUCUUGUGUUCACUUGGUUUAAUUGUGGAUGACAUCCAUUUUGUAUCUGGAUGAACCUAGUAUUACAGAAAUACCGAAUCUUAGGGAAAAAGGGUGAAGGGACCUUUUCCGAGGUUCUAAAAUGCCAGCACUUAAAAGAAGGCUCUUACUGGGCCUGCAAAAAGAUGAAACAAACUUAUGACAGUUUGGAUCAAGUAAAUAACCUAAGGGAAAUUCAAGCCAUGAGGAGACUCAGUCCACAUGCCAAUAUCCUGGAACUCCAGGAAGUCAUAUUUGACAAGAAAUCUGGUACUCUAGUCCUAAUAUGUGAAUUAAUGGAUAUGAAUAUAUAUGAAUUAAUACGAGACAAACGUCACUAUCUUCCUGAGAAAACUGUUAAAAAAUACAUGUUCCAACUUUGUAAAUCAGUUGACCAUUGCCAUAGAAAUGGAAUAUUUCACAGAGAUGUAAAACCAGAAAACAUAUUAAUACGGGAGGAUGUCUUAAAACUAGCAGAUUUUGGGUCUUGUCGAAGUGUCUACUCAAAACAACCUUAUACAGAGUAUAUAUCAACUAGAUGGUAUCGAGCCCCUGAGUGUCUCCUUACAGAUGGUUACUACACAUACAAGAUGGACAUCUGGAGUGUGGGAUGUGUCUUUUUUGAAAUCCUUAGUCUUCACCCUCUUUUUCCUGGUUCUAAUGAAGUGGAUCAGAUUGCUAAGAUUCAUGAUAUAAUGGGUACUCCAGAGGCUAGUGUCCUAGGAAAACUUAAAAAGUCAAGGGGAAUGAAUUUCAAUUUUCCUUCAAAGAAGGGUACGGGUAUUGAGCGACUUCUCCCCCACUGUUCACAGGAGUCGAUUGACCUCAUUUACCAAAUGUGCACUUAUGACCCAGACGAGAGGAUAACUGCAAAACAAGCUAUACGACACCCAUACUUCAAAGAUCUCAGGACUACAAAACAAUCAAAGCAAAGGGAUGCUGACAAGAGAGCAGCACUGGCAGCAAAAGCCAAGGAAAAGGAAGAAGAGAAAAAGGAACAUGUGCGACCUAUUCAGAAGGAUGAAACAGCGACCAUCACCACACUAGAGGUCGAUACCUCACGGACAGACAAGAAAAAGGCCGAGACGGAAAUAUCCAUACCCAGCCUACCUAAGGCUCCAUCACUGCAAUCACAUCCACACAUCUUCAAAGACAGGAAAAAAGUGGAUAGAGUGCGUCGGCAUCGCAGAGUGCUAGCAGAAAGUCAGCACCAGUAUAAUCACACAGGUCUCAGUUUACCUAAGGUAUCAAUGAAUCCGUCCUUUCAUACGAGUUCAUUUGGAGGUCAUUAUAAUGCUCACAACCCAUCUGCUUCCACAGUGUCCUUGCUCCCUAGCCUUAGUAGCACCUAUAAACCCCCAAAGCCUGCAAACAAAGCCAAUAAAAACAUCUUUGGAAGUUACCAGCUUCCAUCAUUGGACAGAAGAGGUGCAGGAUUCUGAUGAAUACUUAUUGUUUAGGGAUUAUUAAAUGUGAAUUCAUGUAGAAUUCAAGGGAACCUAAUUCUUUGAACUAAAUCAAGCCUUGUGAACAUGUAUCAAGGAAUUUCAGGAACACUGUUGGGUGUUCAUCAUGUCAGUGACAAACAAGCCAAUUAUUUUUAUAGCAAUGAAUGACUUGUUUCAUAAUUAUUAUAGUUCAGUGUGUUUUGGGAGAUUUUAAGGUUUUUUUGUUGAUUUAAAAUCUUAUGUUUGUGAUGGCAUUUUAAGCAUUAACCAAUAAGGUUAAAUGUUAUACAAAUUUAAUACUUUAUAUAUAGACUGUGUGAUUAAUGUAUUUUUGCAAUUGUUGAAUUUUAUUUUUAAAAA